CAAACCUGGCCGCGGCCACCGUGACACACUUGACACUCCUCGCGCCGCCGCCGCCGCCGCCACGAUGCUGCGGCCGGUGCGUCAUUCCGUGCAGCGCCUCUGCUCCACCUCCACCUCCGCCGCCGCCGCUGCUGCCGACGCCAACAACCCGCCGCCGGCCACCUUCCUGGCCGCGGCCGCCACGGCCGCGGCGAACAUCCUCGGCGCGGCGCGCUACGAGUCCCGCCUCCUCUCGCUCCUCCCCGGCGACCUCCUCUUCCACCCGGCCUGCGUCCGCCUCACCCUCUCCCACCUCCUGCCUUCCCCUGACCCCUCCCUCCGCUUCCUGCGCUUCCUCUCCUCGCACCUCCCCGCCGCCCCCGACGCCGCACCGGCGGAGCCCGAGCACGAGCACGAGCACGAGCCGCCGCUCCUCCCCGGCGUGGACGGCUUCCUGAUCCAGCUCUGGCCGCCCGACGCCGCCGACGCCGCCGAGGUGCUCGCCUCACGCCUCGGCAUCCACCCCUCCCUCCGCGCCCUCAACUUCGCGAUGCGCUCCGCCCUCCGCGCCGCGCGCCCCGACCUCGUCUUCCGCCUCUUCUCCGCGUUCUCAUCCUCCCCGGACUUCCCGGGCGACGCCGCCACCGUGGCCUUCCUCGUGCGCGCCUGCUCCGCCGAGGGCCGUCCGCUCGACGGCCUCCGCCUCCUCCGCGACGGGGCUCGCCGCGGCGUCCCUCCCCAGCUUGACGCCGUUGCGGAUCUCGUCGCGGCCUUCUCCGCCGCCGCCAACUUCGGCAAGGUGUCCGAGACGCUCCACCUCAUGAUCGCCGCGGGAAGUGUCCCAGAUACGGUCAUCUACCAGCGCAUUAUCCACGGGCUUUUCGCGCACAAGAUGGGAAGCGAGGCCCUGCGAGUCUUCAACGAGAUCAAGCUGCGGGGCUACAACGUCGAUGCGGUCACAUACACAACGGCGAUCGACGGAUUGUGCAAGAUGGGCUGCAUAGACGAAGCGCGGCAAAUCUGGAAUGAGAUGGUGGACAAAGGAAUGGAGCCUAACGAGUAUGCCUACUGCUCUCUGGUGGCCUACUAUUGUAAAGCUGGUGAUUUCGAGAUGGCUCGCAAGGUGUAUGAUGAAAUGCUCGGGAAGGGUUUAAAGGAGAGUACAGUCAGCUGUAACAUUUUGGUCACAGGGUUUUGUACCCAUGGGAGGGUGGACGAAGCGCUUGGGAUGUUUGAGGAAAUGGUUAAAAAGGGGAUUGAGCAUGAUGUGAUUACUUACAACAUAUUGAUUCAGGGCUUAUGCAAGGCUGGGAGGUUGAGUGAGGCAAUACAGGUGUACGAGCAGCUACUGUCAUCUGGUUUGGAGCCAAGUGUGUCAACCUUCACGCCGCUCAUUGACACCAUGUGUGAGGAAGGACAGGUUGAUGCUGCAGUUGAAUUGCUUAAGGUGAUGCAUGCUAAGGGCUUGGAACCGUUAGCGCGGAUCAAUGAUAGUAUCAUAAAUGGGUUCUGUAAAGCCAGGAGACCUGAGGACGGCAUGGCAUGGUUGGCAGGCAUGUUAAAGAAGAAUCUGAAACCUCGGGAACAUACAUUUAAUUCCCUGGUAGAAUUGCUGAGCUCCUCUGGGCGGGUGGAUGAUGCACUGUUAGUCCUAAAUACAAUGUUCAAAAUUGGACAUGAACUAGGAAGCUUGGCUUGUACUAUGCUUGUCGAACAGCUAUGCACAGGAAAGUUAUGUUACUCUCAUGAGUUGGAGAAUAUUUUGGUGGCGAACAAGUAGCCACCAGUUUUCUUGCAAAUUACAGCUGUGUUUGCUCCGUUUCACCCAAGAUUGAUGCUUCCUAGACGACAAUGUUUUUGUUGGUGCUGUCUGAGAUAGCAACUUAUGUAUUCAAUGGAAGAUUCUGAUGCUCAAGAUAUUGAUGCUGCUGCUAACCUUUGGUUCAUUUCUAUUUUGUAACUCUGCAUUGUGCCAUUCCAGUAAAUCCAUGAAGGAGAUUGUGUGCACUUGCAAUAUUCUGGAGCAUGAGUCAAAAAAGGUUGAUCAUCAUUCACAAAUCAGAAUUAUGCUCAAGCUUCAGAGUUUCUAGCAUUGCUAAAUGCAUUCUAAGCAUUGCAACACCUUUUUAUCAUGAUACAGUGAUCAUGCUCAAUGCAAGUGUGAUAGAGAAUUCUGAGGGUCCACAACUGAUAAUCUAGAUAGUUAUUUUUUUCUAUCGAAGGCUAAGGACUCUAUUCUGAAGUGAAUUAUCAUGGUUUGCUACCUACAACUGUUUGCCUAAUGACCAACAACUGGCACAAUUCCUUGCUAUUGAAGUUGGUUCUUAGUCAAGAACAUUAGACCAAAAGAUGUUCCGUGUAUGAAGACAGAUGUGGCAGGAGCAGCGUAAUUAUAACAUUGUCAGGGGCAACCUGCUUCUAACUACCCAUGGAAGUUGAAUGAUCUUUCAAACAGUAAACGGUGUGUUAAAACCAUUGGUACAUUUUCACCCUGUGAGCAUAUUCCAACACCUUGUGGGGUUGCCAUUGUACAUUUUCACCGUAUAAGCAUUUGCAUUUAAAUUUCAGUAAAUUAUUUCUGAUUGAACCUGUAUGUAUCAAUCACUUUAUUUCACUGAACCCAUAAAUUAAUAUUUUUAUCAGUUCUUGGAAGAAGAUAAAUGCAUAUUAUUUAUAGGCAUCCUUUGUUAUUUACUGCAGAUUCAACAAAGGAACUCGUUUUUCAGGCUAAUGGUGACUACCAACAUAAAAUUGUAAAGAAGAUUAUGUGAAAUGCUACAUAAUCAACGUGUUAUUACGUAUGGAAGCAGUAUUGCCGCAUUAUGUCGCAAGGAAGCCUUUCUUCAUUGCUCAUCGUUUCCUUAAAAGAGCAAAUCCAUGCGAAUCAAAAGUAUGAUCUCAUUAGUUCAACAGAGCACACAAGGAAAAGAAACAGAAACUACUCCAGGAGCCCCAAUUUCUAUGGUUUUAUCGGAAAGGGUAAUGGAGCACAGACAGGUUGCCAAUUACCCUGUCCCUGCGAGCUGAUUCCCCAAUUCCGCUAGGUUCUCUUGUUUUCUUUUUCUCUCUGGUUUUAUUCAUCCUACAUGGACAACAUGGUUUGAAGAGGUGCCACAGCCCUAGUUGAAGCUGCAUGAUUUCCACUGAACUUAAGUAGGAUGGAUAUGUCAUUUUCUGACUUUUGUAAUCAAAACUGGCAGAGAACUGUACACACGUGCAUUGCAUGACUUCCAUCAACCUUGGUCAUAGAAUUGUUAUUGUAUGUCUCAACUGGGCUUGAAGAAUGUCCAGAACUGCAUUUGCUU